UUUUAUCAUCGUUUUUAAAAACAAAUUUGAGUUUUUAAUACGAGUGAGAGUCAGUUUAUGAAGAACUCGUCGUCGGUUCAUACGAUUUUUUAACCAGUGAAGAGCAUUUUUUAACGAAAAUGUCCUUCAAAAGUUCUGAGAAAUCCACGUGGGACGAUCCCGCUUCACUCAAGGAUAAGAUGUCCCUAAUACCGGAAACGCUAAAAAACGACAUUCCUUUCUCCAAUUCCGCUUCAGAUGAUCGUCGCAAGAUUUUUGUGAUGCGUCAUGGCGAACGAACGGAUCUCGUCUUUGGCAAAUUUUACCCUUACUCCUUCGAUGCCAACGGAAAAUACACUCGAAAGGACUUAAAUAUGCCAAAAUCGUUCCCGCCACGUAAAAACAUCCAAGAUUGGCAUUACGACACGCCACUCACGAACGUCGGGAUUUUCCAAGCAACACUCGUCGGUGAAAGUUUAAAAGACUCUGGAGAACGAAUUGACGUCGCUUUUUGCUCCCCGAUGUUUCGCUGCAUCCAAUCGUGUCAAGCAACCUUAAAAGGACUUGGCGUCGAAGACAAGGUAAAAAUUUGCAUCGAACCUGCUUUGAUGGAGUACAUGGCUUUUUAUGCGGAUAACAUUCCCGGAGUGAUGUCCCCGAACGAACUCAAGGAAAUUGGAUUCAAUGUUGACUUGGAUUACGUUCCAAUGAUGACUGUGGAUGAUGUCAAAGCCAAAGCUGAUGAAAGUUUUGUCGAAUUUUAUCAUCGUAAUGCUCGUGUAACGCAACGAAUCAUCGACGAGUGCCAUGGAAAUGUCUUAAUUUCAGCUCACGGCUCAAAUCUUGACACAAAUACGAGAUUCGCAGUCGGCGGCGAGAUUCGUACAACGCGAGAAAUGAGCGAAACCCUCUCAAAAGUCGGAUUUUGUGCACUUGUCGUGAUUGCGGAGGACAAAAAAUCCCAAAAAUGGUCUUUUACGACACCGCCAUUGAACCAAAUCUCGCACGCACCAAAUCCAAGAUUCGAUUAUCGCAUUUUUACCGACACGAAAACGACUUGAGACAAUUUUUAAUCAAGUUAUGAUGCAGACCUGACGUCUCCAGUGCACAACAUUUUAAUUUCAUUAGUCGAAAGUAAUAAAAACAUAAUUCUAAACAAAAUAAUAAACUAAAGGCGAGUAAAUAUUUGCGGAGAAAGAGUGGAAAAAAGUGAAAAACAUUGAAAAUUUUCGGUAAUAAAAUUUCUGCAAUAAAAAUAAAGUUGGCUUGUCUUCAUAUGUUAGCCCACACUUGUGUUUAUUAAUAAAAUAAUAAUUAUUUUGUUUGCAUAAACAACACCAUAAAUCAAUUAAGAAG